CUCUGGUUUUGAGCCUUUAUAAAGUUAAAAAGAACCUCUAGAUCAGAUUAUUUUACGUAUUUCCUUGGAGUCGGUUAAAUAUCUGCAGUGAGAAAGGUUGAAUGCGAGGAGCAGCACGGGUAAAUUAUUGAUUUGGACGGCACUGCUAUAAAAAGGCGACGCCCGCCUGUGUUCCGCUCCUUGUCUUUAAACGCCAAGAUGAGCUACGGAUCCGACACCUACUCUGCCUCUUCCUACCGGAAGAUUUUCGGGGAUUCUACUCGCUACUCAGCCUCUCCAUCUCGGCUGAGCAGCCCCCGGAAUGGGUUUAAGUCGCACUCCGUAACCCGCACCAACAUCCCGAUCUCCUACAAGCGCUCCACCCGAUCUAGCUUCCCAUCCUCUUCCAUGACUCUGGAAAGCUUCGACUUCACCCAGAGCACAGCGCUUAAUAAUGAGUUCAAAAUCAUCCGCACGAACGAGAAGGAGCAGAUGCAAGGGCUCAAUGACCGUUUCGCGAUGUUCAUUGAGAAAGUUCGCAACCUGGAGCAGCACAACAAAGUGCUGGAAGCCGAACUCGUGACCCUGCGCCAGCGCCAGACGGAGCCUUCCCGUUUGGCCGAACUUUACCAGCAAGAGAUCAGGGAAAUGCGCUCCCAACUUGAGGAACUCAACGCUGAAAAGAACCAGGUGAUGUUCGAGCGCGACAGCAUUGAGGAGAAUCUUCAGAAAUUCCAGGAGAAGUACGAGGAGGAGAUCAGAAUGCGCGAGGAGGCUGAGCAAACAUUGAGAGCCUUCAAGAAGGACGUGGACAACGCCACGAUGGUGCGCCUAGACCUGGAGAAAAAGGUCGAGUCCCUUCUGGACGAGAUAAACUUCACGAGGAAGGUGCAUGAAGAGGAGGUCGCCGAGCUCAUGGACAUGGUCCAAGCCUCCCAGGUGUCUGUGGAGAUGGAAGUGGCUAAACCCGACCUUACCGCCGCCCUUAAGGAGAUUCGCGGCCAGUACGAGGUCAUUGCGACUAAGAACUUGCAAUCCGCCGAAGAGUGGUACAAGUCCAAGUUCACCGAUCUUAGUGAACAGGCCAAUAAGAGCAACGAGGUCAUUCGCGCGAACAGGGAAGAGCUGAACGAAUUCAGGAGGCAGCUUCAGUCCAAAACAAUUGAGAUUGAAAGUCUAAAGGGGACCAACGAAUCCAUGGAAAGACAGAUCCAUGAGAUGGAGGACAGGCACUACGCUGAGAUCAUGGGCUACCAGGAUACAAUUGGGCAGUUAGAAAACGAGCUUAGGACCACUAAAUCUGAGAUGGCCCGUCACCUUAGGGAGUACCAAGACUUGCUGAAUGUCAAGAUGGCGCUUGACAUUGAAAUCGCUGCUUACAGGAAACUGCUGGAAGGGGAGGAGACACGUAUUAGCACUGGAAUCACCUACCCCACUCCUGGCUCAGUGUCCAGCUACAGCUACCAGUCCCGCAUGUACAGCAGCACUAGCGUGAGUGGAAAGAAGGAAGUCAAGGAUGAUGGCGACAAACAUCAGAGCAGCAAAUCUGGCAAAGGCUCCUCCCAGUCUGACGAUUCCAAGAAGAAUGAUAAAAUCGACUCUGGAGACAUGAAUCCCACCAGCCAGAAAAACUAAAUGUCUCCCCUCUUUCUUCCUCUCCUCCAUCUGCAUUACUUUCCAUUACUCUCUUUCCUUUCCCCAGCAAUUCCCCUCAACAAAGGGGGUCUCAGAGAGGAAUCUAGUCUAUCUCUGUCUCAACUUACCCUCUAUUAUCUAACCUCACUCUCUGUCACAGGGAACCAUUCCCUCUGUAGCAAACUACCAACUGCUCAACACACCCCAGGUGCCACACUCUGUGAUAACUGCAGGGCAUAUAUUAUCUACUGUUAUCUACUAUAACAGUUUCCUUCUCUAGGGCUACACUAUAACAGGAUUCUCUUAGCACAUUCUUUUGAAGAUAUGUGACAAAAUCCAAAACGAUCCAAUUUAGCAACAAACACGUGCAUAAAAGAUUAACAGCACUUUGAAAGUUUCAUAGUGCCCUAGGUUGUAGGUGAAAGGUAGUUUUUUGUAGUUUAUUUGCCCAAAACCCAGCACAGAACAUGACUUGCAAUAAAAGCACUUGUUAGUGCUUUUAACAAUGGCAGCUGUGAGUAUUCUCUGGCUGAGUUGCACGAGUGCCCUACCGUUAAUUGCCUCUGUUUCAUUAGCUCUUAGUAACAAAUGCGAGACGUGCUUAGUUUCCAAACAAUCACUCAAAGUCCAACAGCCAAAUUCCUCUCCAAGAAAUUUUUCUUGAUUACAAUUUAAAUACCCCCCCUAAACCCACACCACUUGCCAUUUAAAAUUAGUAGGAUUUGAGCAUAAUAACAAAUCCUCACUGCAUGAGGUGUAUCUUACUGUUUGUAUGGUGACUGUAUGCGGGCCAUCAUGCAAUUUUCAGAUGAUUGGACUAGACAAGAGUAGACAGUCUUCACAAUUAUCCAAUGCUUUCUUAGCGGUGUGUCUGCGCUCUUUCUCAGGUAGGACAUAGGACUAAUUGGGAGGAAGUGAGAAUGUUACACAAUAAUGCUGAAACCUUUCACAUGCAAUCAAUUCAUGGCACUUAUAUCUAAACACCAUCUCUUUCAGAUAGAAUAUCAGACAGUAAAGGAUAGGGUGGAAUGACUGUCGUAGCAAAAUAUCUUAUAAUGAAGACAAAGGGGAAAAUAUUUUGUGAAAAAUAAUAAAGAUUAAGAAAAAUAGUGUGAGUUUGAGUGAGAUGCAGAAAUCAGACAGAAAGGGAUCCUUUGAGCCAGCUUUAAAUUUAGCCUUUCCUGCUGCUGCACCCGAGUUUGUCCAGUCUUAACUGAAUUAUUGUUAAGAAAACUAACAGUAUAAAUUUAGAAGUUAGGAAAUGCCAUUUAUCAAAAACAUCUCAACAUUAUCCAUAUAUUCUCAAGGAUGCCUGAAGUGCAUUUUCAGUCACUAUAACACAUCAAUCUCGCUACAGUUCAAUGCUACCACCAUGUGCCAUAAUGAAAAUCUAAUUCUCCUCACCCAGUUUACUCUCAGACAAAGAAGCCACUGUCAGUGUGAACCUUUUUCAAACCAUGCAUCAGCAAUGAAUCCCUUGAUAAACUUAUAACUCAUAAAAAGUAAAUGCGUUUAAACUUCUGCUACACUGCCAGGUUUUGGUACCACUUGCCUCUUUUUGCACUGUUCUCUUUGUCCACUUGGCUUUUUUAUGUCUGACUUGCUGAACUCUUUUAACACUCUGAACAGAUUGAACAAAUAGAUAUGGUUGGGUUCAACUCUUUUUAAGAACUGUGUGAUUGGAAGAAAAGCUGAUGGAAUUAUUUAUCUGUCGGAAUUAACUUUACCGAUAAAAACUGACAUUGGCAUGCUUAGCUACAAGGGAAUGUCAGGCAAAUCUGGAACUUUGUCCUUCCAUUCUUACAGAUGGUUUUUAAAGUUAGACCUGGUAACCCUGUCAUGAAAAAAAAUCAGUUUAUGAAAUGGGAAUGUUUUGGGAUUUGCUCCGAUAUAGUUUGGAGUGCAAAAGGCGUUUGUGGAAAACAUAGCGACAAAAGAAAAAUAUAUGUUCAAACCUGCACUGCCAAAUUUUGUAAUACCAACAUUCCUCUUCAUAAAAAGACAACCCACUUUUUACAUCAAUACACAAUAUAUGCCAAAAUGCAAAUAUUUAUGUAUGAAUUCUCUAGGUUAUGAAAAUGCCUUAGGCCACCAGCAGCUUACUGAAUCUGGCAGGGUGUGCAUUAACCUGUUAUUUCUGCUAAGUGUGUAACAUUGUUUGCUCUCUAGUUUGUAGGGGCCACCUUGUACUGGAUGACUGGAGCUUUAGGAACUGAAUUUAGUUGAUGUCAUUUAUAUUUAGUCAUUAUCUUAUUGCUGUUUGACACAUGACCAAUAAAAACUACUUGACAUUAUGA